AUGGUCGCCCUAGACAAUGUGCAGAAAUCAAAUGCCCAAAUCGCCACGACAUACCCAGCAGGGCUCGUCGCUGUGUUUGCCGGCGCGACGGCGGGCAUCGGUGAGACCUCACUCCGGGAGUUCGCAAGACACACAUCCAAGCCUCGCAUCUACAUUGUCGGACGUUCGCAAGAAGCGUGCGACCGUCUGGAUGCAGACCUGAAAAGUGUCAAUCCGGAGGGCAAUUAUACCUUCAUCAGGUCGGACGUCAGCCUGCUGCGCAAUGUCGAUGACGUGUGCAGGCAGAUCAGAGAUAGGGAAUCGGCCAUCAACGUGCUGUUUAUGAGCCAAGGGACACUGAACUUCAGCAAGCAGACCGAAGAAGGCAUGAGCUACCUCAUGAGCCUGACCUAUUUCGGGCGCAUGCGAAUGGCCAGGAACUUGCUGCCCCUGCUGCAACGAGCCACAGGCCUCCGGCGCGUCGUCUCCUCCUUCACAGGCGCCAAGGAGGGCAGAGCCUACGACGACGACUGGCAGGGCAAGGAAGGCAAGGUCCCGUUCACAGCCGCACGGGGCCAUGGGGCCACGAUGAUGACGUUAGGCCUGGAGACGCUGGCGAAGGAAGCCCCGGAUGUGUCGUUCGUGCACGCGUUUCCUGGAAAGGUCAAGACAAACAUCAUCAGGAGUGAUGACGGUGCCAUCUUGAGGACUGUGGCCUUGGUCUCCAAGGCCCUGUUCUUCGUCACUGGUCACACGCCGAUUGUGGAGGUUGGAGAGAGGCACACGUUCUACUGCACGAGUGCGCGCUUUCCAUCCAAGAAGCCGGCAGAUGAGCCAGGGGCAGUGGGAGCCAAAUUGCCUGAGGGGGUGAGCGUUGCGAACGGUGUAGAUGGAAGUGUCGGAGGCGGUGUUUACUCCGUGGACACGUAUGGCGAGAGUGCUGAUGCGAAAGUCGAGGAGCUCCUUGCAAAUUACAGAAGAGACGGGACGGCAGACAAGUUGUGGAAGUAUACGGAAACGGAGAUAGAGCGUCUUCGGAGAAUCAUCAACACCGACCUGAAACAUGCUGUCGAGUUCAUCUACUCAACGGCUUCCGUUGUUGCCACGACUCCCUUCGGUGCUGGAGACAACAAAGACCACGAGCAGGAGCAGGGUCACUAG